AUGAGCCCACAUCAACGACAAGACCAUCUCAAACGAGGGUCCGACGUGUCAGCGUAUGAAGCUCUUCUUGCCGGGUCGAUAUCGGGCGGCGUCGCGAGGGCGAUAACUGCGCCGUUGGACGUUGUCAAGAUCCGACUACAGCUCCAAUCCAAGACUUUCAAACACCGCAAGACAAUUGCCACCGUUGUCAAGGACUUGUUGCGGGAGGAAGGCGUGAUUGCGUUGUGGAAGGGGAACGUGCCCGCCGAGAUCUUGUACAUCGUGUACGGCGGGGUGCAGUUCACGUCGUAUUCGAUAUUGAGCAAGAACAUUUCCCGUGUGGAGGACAGCUAUGGCGUGCGACUAUCGUCAGCGUCGCAUUCGUUGAUGGCGGGGAUUGGGGCUGGGGUCGCGAGCACGUUGGUCACGUACCCGUUUGAUCUCUUGCGGACGCGGCUCGUGGCGAAUCGAAAGAGAAACUUGGUGUCGAUGACGGGCACCAUCCGCCGCAUCGUCAAGAUUGAAGGCGUCCUGGGGAUGUUUUCCGGGAUAGCGCCGGCGGUGGUUUCGAUUGCACUGAUGACGGGGCUCAUGUUCUGGUCCUAUGAGUUGGCACGAGAUUUUUCGGCAGAUUACAAACAUGUGCCAUUCAUUGAAGGUAUCUGUGGAUUCAUUGCUGGGGCCGUUUCCAAGGGAAUCACUUUCCCGCUCGACACGCUAAGGAAACGAUGUCAGAUGUACUCGGUUGUGUACGGGAAGAAAUACCAUAGCGCGUUCCACAUCUUUGUCAACAUGAUCAAGAGAGAAGGGAUAUUUGGACUUUACAGGGGCUACGGGGUCAGCAUUAUCAAGACUGCGCCAACAAGUGCACUUUCUCUCUGGACUUAUGAGUAUGUGCUAACUUGGAUCAAAAAGAAAAAAGAGAAAAUUGUUCUACUCCAAACAUGA